CGAAUGAAAAGAUUGGAAAAAUCAUGCCGUUGAUAAAAUUUGCGUGGUUUACUUAGUUUGAAAUAACAUCUCGAGAAUACUUUCUCGAAAAACUCGCGAGGUACGGUUGAUUCUGUGUUGUGCGGAUUUUGAUUUUUUUUCUCCAAGAUGUUAAAUGGUAUUAAUGAAGCUCGCGAUAUUGGACUUUUUCGGAAGAUAUUGCGCGGGAGUUUCAUUAUUGUCGCGGUUGUAUUCUCGUUCACUGGCAAUUUUGCGUUUAACUUAGAUUCGAGUUCUUAUGUUACCUACAAUGGGCCACCAAAUUCCUUUUUUGGAUUCGCUGUGACGGGAUACAUUGAUAACAGUAAUAAAAGCUUAGUGCUCAUCGGGGCACCACAAGAUACAGACACACUCGAAGGACCAAAUUAUAAAGGAGGUGCUGUGUACAUCUGUGAUGCGGAUAAGCCGGAUAACUGCCAAAAAGCGAAAUUUCCUGGUGGGCAGAAUUUAACAGGCGAGAAUCGAACACAACAAUGGCUAGGCGCAACUUUGACAAGUAGUGGAUCCAAGGGAAUCGUAGUGGCUUGUGCUCCAAGAUACUGGGUUAAAUAUAAUGAGUAUUCUGAUCCCACUGGAUUGUGUUAUUAUACACCAACGAAAGGGCAAUUACAUUUCAGCGAGUCUUACAAUCCUUGUCGAGUUUUCUCAGGAAAAGAUUCGACUUAUACAGGUUUAGGUUCCGGUCAGGCUGGUUUCAGCGCUGCAAUAGCAAAAGAUUCAACCAGAUUUUACGUAGGAGCAGUUGGUAGUUAUAGUUGGAAAGGAGUAGCGUUCGCAACGGACACCAAACCUCCUCCUACUCCUAGUAAUUCCACGAGGGAGAUGCCAGAAUUCCUAGAUUCUUACAUGGGAUAUUCCAUGACAAGUUUGAAUUUUUUUGAGAAAGGCAAAUCAGGUAUAGCAGUAGGCAUUCCACGAGUGCUCAAUGUAUACGGACAGGUAGCAAUAUUCACACCAACUUUUGAACGAGUAAAAACUUUGAAUGGCCAAGAAUAUGCGGAUUAUUUCGGAUACUCGAUGUGUGCCUCAGACGUGGACGGAGAUGGAGCAGACGAUUUAAUCAUAGGUGCGCCAGUGCACGCGAAUGAAAACAAUUAUAAGGAUUACGAAAUAGGACGAAUUUAUGUAUUUUAUCAAGGUAAAAUCAAGUGCACGAAAACGGAUUUAAAAUGUGGAGAAAAAAUGUUCGCAAGAAACGAAACCAUAGAUGGAGUGGAUUCAGGAGCACGGUUUGGUUCAGCUUUAGCCUCGCUGGGUGACAUAAACAAGGACGGAUACGAAGAUAUUGCAGUGAGUGCUCCGUACCAAGGAUCAAACCAAUAUGAUACAUGCGCAAGUGCAGCUCCGACGACAGGGGCUGUUUAUAUCUACCUCGGUUCAAAAAAUGGUCUCAGCAAAACUCCUUCGCAAGUGAUCAAAGCUUCAGAUAUGGCUCACUUGAUAAAAACAUCUCAGUUGAGCGCCUUCGGUCAUUCAUUGUCCGGUGGAGUGGAUCUCGAUAAAAAUCAAUACCCUGAUUUAGUAAUUGGGGCUUACGAAUCUGAUGCUGCAUUUCUCUUCAAAUCUCGACCCGUUAUCAAUUUAACCGCGAGUCUUUCUUUUUUGAUCAAGACAACGAACCGUGGAAAGGUUAUCCCUUUGGCGAGAAACACAUGUCCUUCUGAGACGAAAAAUGAAAACUAUGUUUGUGUCACGCUCGAAAUCUGCAUGCAAUACAACGGCGUAGGCGUUGGAAAUCGAAUAGAAAUUUCCACAAAUAUUACGCUUGAUACAAAAUAUGCGAAAACAUCUAGGAUGCGUUUCUUAAAGAACGCAAAUAGUAUUUUAAAAUCAGUCUUUAAGUUGACCGAAAACAAAAAAUUCUGCCACAACGAAACAGUUUAUGUCGAUAAUACAGACCCGAAUAUUGACAAAGUCACUCCACUGGAAGCUUCUCUCCAGUACGAACUUGCUGAGUCGAAGAACAAAAACGCACUCUCUAGUAUACUAAAUUUCGGACCCACAAAUCGAACAGACAGCUUCAACAUUUCUAGAAACUGUGGCGAUGAUGACAUCUGUUAUCCUGACUUAAAUUUUACUAUUAUUCCGAACAUCAAACAAUAUGAUCCAUUUUCCAACGUUGACUAUUUGAACCUUCAAGUAUUGGUGAAGAAUAACGGAGAAGAUUCGUAUGGGAGUCAAUUCACUUUGCAAGUGCCAAAAGGCCUUGAAUAUUAUAGUUAUGAAAACACUCCUCAAACCGAUAAACUUGCCAACUUGAUAAAUGCUGAUGGUGAAAACAUCACUUUCGGCAUUGGUAACCCUUUACCAGAAAACCAAAUGGUCAAUUUCAAUGUAAUCUUGCGCAUAGACAAAGCAUUCCAAAAUCUAAGCUCAGCGUUUUACUUUUGGGCUAAGGUGAACAGUACUGACCUGAAAAAAAAUGAGACUCUGAGUGAUAUUUCGUUUGAAAUUCCUAUCCAUCAGACAGUUGAGACAGUCAGUCUGCAGAUUAACAGCGAAUCAAACGGACAAACUAUUGAUCACUCGCAGUACAUGACAGAAACCGUUCAAAAAGAUAUUGAAGCUGGACCGAAAGCUAUACACCAAUAUAUCAUUAAAAAUUCAGGCAAUGUGAACCUAAAUGAAGUCAGUGCGAUAUUUUUCUGGCCGAUGAAAUUAACGAAUGUUGGAGAUUUGUUAUAUCUUAUGGAGCAACCGAGGACUCAAGGUUCAAUUCAAUGCGAUAAUAUUACAAACGUCAACUAUAGAAAUCUAACUAAAAUCCGUCCUUACAAGAAUAUAAUACCAUGGACCAACAGCAGUAAACCAUUUUCAACUAAUAAUCCCAAACCCCAACGUUCCACAAAUCAAACAAUUUCUGAAGAUACAUUCAACAAUACAGUUUCAUUUAGUGGCACAGAUUAUCAAAAGGUUCGAUGCACAAUCAGAAAUUUGUCAAGAGAAGAAGAAGUUUCGGUAUUAUUUCCAUUCGUUGUUUGGAUGGGGACAAUUAAAAAGAUUGCAGGUUUGGGAAACAAGUGCAUAAAAAUCGGCGCUUGGGUUGAAGUGAAUGUCAUCAAGUUAUCACGAAACGUAACGCAAAUAUCAGAGAAGACAUACAUUAGAGAAACAAUAACUACUAUUGAAUUGAUCAAAUCUCUUCAACCUGACGUGAUUCCUCUUUGGAUCGCGGUCGGAUCGUCUGUCUUGGGUGUUCUAAUAUUAAUGUUAAUGACCUAUGGCUUGUACAAGUUGGGUUUCUUCAAGAGAAAGCGUCCGGAUCCCCAGACACCUUCAGCAGCAGAAAACUCCAACAUUGAUGAAUUUACGUCGAACAAUGGACAAGAAAGAGAAUUAUAACUUUCAUCAGUACAGUGGCUGCACCUCAGUUGGCUUAACUUUGGCUCGGUACACUCAGGUGUCUCUUUAGUAAAUAUUUGUUGGGAUCGUUGGAUACUCGAGCACUGUAUGUACAUAAUCAAGUGCCUAACCAAUGUUACUAGUGGUUGAUCAAUGUUGUGUAUGUAGGAGGGGAUAAGUUACUCAAGAACUUAAAUGUGAUCUUCAAUAUGUAGUUCCUAUUUGCUUAGUACAUAUCAACACAGAUGUUUAGUUUCAAAAACUUUGCACACAAAUAUAUGUACUUAUUCAUUUGAUAA